AUGGUGCUGGGCAAGUACUGCUUCGAGGAGGAGGCUUUUUCUGUAGACGUUUUCGAAGUAGCGACCUUUUUAGAGGACUGUCGAGUACAUAGCCCCAUGGAGACGAUUUAUCAGGAUUUGAGACACUUCCAAAUGGCGCUAGAGAACCAGCUCGUGGCCAUUAUCAAUGAAGAUUACGCCGAGUUCCUGCAGCUCUCGUCUAAGCUCAAGGGUGUAGACGAGGCGGUUGCUAGCGUACAUGCACCCAUUUUGGCGGUUCUCAAGCGUGUAAGUGAAGUGCAAGAAGCUCUGAGCGCAUUGCAAAACAAGAUCCAGACACAAUUGCAGAUUGCAAAUGAGUUGCAACAACAGGAAAAGGACCUGCAGUCCAGUAUUAAAAUCUCUGAGAAAUUGCUGCUGCUGGAAGAUCUACUGGAGAUUGGGUCACCAAUUGAAGGUGAUGACGAGGAGUCGAGCUUGGACAAAGACGGACCCACUGACUUCGAUGAGGACAGUGACGAUGAUUUUGAGAACUUUGAACAAGUGAAGAAACGACUACAUGCAACGAGCGCUGCUGAAGGUUGCGCGAGAUUGGAACGAGCAGCGCAGAUUUUUGUGCAAUUGGAUCUAGAAUUCUUGGACGGCAUGCACGUUGCCACAAUUCAGAAAGAGGAGAAGCGUCUAGCGAUCGUUGAAAAGACACUUCUUCGUCGCCUAGAGACGGAAUUUGUGGCUGAAAUUCUUCCCGAUACGUAUUACAACCGCGACCAUGCGAUUAGCGAGCUCACUUUGAGCUAUUUGCUGAGAGCAUAUGUGCUACUUGACAAAAGCCAUAUUCCAGAAGAAAUGAUUGGUCGUCUGCUUGUUCAGCCAUUUGCAGAGGAACAUCUUAUGCGUGGAAAGCUGGAUGGCCGAGCUCGUGGUUCGUGCGAGGGCUUACCACAGAUCUAUGAGUCCAUUUUGUACUUCAUUACGAGCAAGUUUGCGGGCACACUUGCAUUGUCUGUUUGUCAGGGCGAGAGUAACUGCUCAGUAGAUAUUCUCGGGAACGCAAUUUGGAAGCCUUUGCAGGAGAUUUUAUCAACAAAAUACGGCAUCAUUUUCCAGGCAGCUGACCCGGAACGCUUCCACCAAAGCUACACUAUAAGCAUGCGUUUUCUAGCUGAUAUCGAGGAGCGCUUCUGCAAAAGCGAGAUCAUGAAAAGUCGCUUCCGGUCUCAUGAGAGUGUGGUGGAGUUCAAGGAAAAGUGGAACAUCGACGUAUACUUCCAGCUUCGAGCAUCUCAACUCGCUUCAAGUGUAGAAAAGUCUUUUGGGUUGAAACGUGAAGAUUUGGCCUCGUUGGAUUCACUAUACGGCAGUGUGUCCAUCGUUGCUGACACAUCGACAUUAGGGUUCGAGAACUCAAAGUGUUUGUGGAAAGCGCUUCAAGAGUGCUGGAGUGAGUGCAUCUUCCUGGCACCUCUGCUUCCCAACUUCUGCAAACUUAGCAUACAGCUUUUUGCGUACUAUAUUGGCAUAUGGAAGGAGCCGUUGCAGAAUGCCGUCAGGGUCCUUAACAGUGGAACCAAGGUAGAUUUUUGUUCUGUGCCGCUUUGUUGUUUGAGUACGGAAGGAGAUCUAUUGCUUGCUGGAAGCGACUUUCGCGUGCUUUACAAAAAGAUUUCUCAAGAUCUGUUAGCUAUUGUGAGGAAUCACGUUGGCGACUUCACAGACGAUAGCCAAGCCUUCGUGAACGAACUCUUCCAAGAGCCGCUUGCAUCACUAGCAGAACUUGAGACAAGUUGCUGGUCCGCUGCUGUCACAAUGGUUGCUGCAGAUUGCAAGAAGGUUCUUCCAGCAAUCCGCACGGUGAAGGGCCAGUAUCAGAUGACAAACAAACCUCCACCAACAACCCCGUCGACAUAUGUACCCAGCAUCAUCCGACCAAUGCAGGAAUUUUUGGAGAAGUGGGGUGUUCACUUUGAUGCGAGCAAAAGACAGAAUUUUCUGCAGGCCAUUGUGGAAGACGUUUGUACGAUAUACUCAACACUAUCGUCGGAGCUGUUGCGGUCGGCUGCUGAGUUAGAAGAAUCGCUGAAAAGUCGCAAGCUGCAACGGCACUCUGGAUCCCACUCUGCUUUGGCAAACGACGCCGUCUCGGACACGGAGAAAAUGCGCAUGCAGUUGCUGCUUGAUCUUGAAGAGAUUCAGCGAGAGCUGACGGUGCUCGGGCUGGAUGUCAAUCGUUGCAACAAGCUGCAGGAAGGUCUUGCUAAGCUCAGCGAGUCGACAAGAUGA